CUUCUUCACAUAGAAUUAAACUGCCCAUCGUACGAAUCCUGGUACCCUCUGAAUGCUACUGCCUUUGGUUUGAAGUUGUGAAAAAUCAAUGGAGAAAACCAAACAACCGAGUGGAAAGCGCCAAAUGCUUUCGAUUAGAGAGCAAAACAUGGGCUCGAUCGAUAGGCUGAGCAGCUUGCAGGACGAUGUCAUAUGCCACAUUCUCUCUUUCCUCCCGACUAAGCUCUCAGUGGCGACCUGCGUUCUCGGAAAAAGAUGGAGGUUUCUAUGGGCCCAUGUACCCUGUUUGGACUUCAGUGGAGACAAUUUCAAGAAAAAAAGAACACAAGCAUCGGACAUCAUCAACAGGGUUAUAUUUCUGCACAAGGCAAAAAGAAUGCAUACUUUAACACUCCGUAACCUCAAAUGCAACGAUUAUCAAUUGGAGACUUGGAUUAUGACCGCCAUCGAGCGUAGUAUCCAAAAUCUUUAUCUUCAACUCGAAUUCAAUACAAUCCCUCAAUCCCUCUUCAACUGCAAAACCAUUGUCGACUUGAAACUUGAUAACAAUAGAGCCCCACUCUCUGAUGUGGACAAUGUCUCUCUGCCUAGCCUCAAGAAGUUUAAUGUUUCUAAUGUUGUGUGUGAGAAUGAUGACGCGCUUCCUCGUUUUCUUUCCGGUUGUCCGUUGCUCGAGGAGUUGAUUAUGAAAUUCAAAUUUGUGGAGAAAGAUGAUUAUGUGGGCUGCAUAACUAUAUCAUCACCCACAAUAAAGAUGCUUAUGCUCGAUCUUCACGGUUUGACCUCUCCAUCUAACCUUAAAUAUAGGAUGAUAAUAAAUGCCCCGGCCCUUAGGUAUCUCAUAGUGGAUGGCUAUGACUUGGAGUGUAUAACAAUUCCUAUAACCAUGAUCUCCUUAGUUGAGGCGGACAUCCGCUUAACAUAUCAUUGCUUCUCAAAUCUCAAAACGACGGUGGUGAAGUUUUUCCAUUCUCUAUGUUUUGUUAAGUGCCUAAAGAUAUCAUGUUGGGAAUUUGAGGAGGAAACUAGGCAAUCGAGUGAAAAGCGCCCAAAGCUUUCGGAUGGAGAGGAAAACAUGGCUUCGAUCGAUAGGCUGAGCAGCUUGCCGGAUGACGUCAUAUGUCACAUUCUCUCUUUCCUCCCGACAAAGCUCUCAAUGGCGACCAGCGUUCUCCGAAAAAGAUGGAGGUUUUUAUGGGCUCAUGUACCCUGUUUGCAUUUCAUAGGAUUGGCAUGGUCCGAAUGGACCAACUUUCUUGCAAUAAGUAGGGUCUUGAUAUUGCCCUGUUCGUAUAUCAGAGGAGUCGAUUUCACGGAAGAUGGAACACAAAUCAACGGAGUUAUAUUGCGGCACAAGGCAAAAAGAUUGGAUACUUUAAAAAUCGAUUACGUCAACUGCAACGAGCAUCAACUGGAGACAUUGAUUACAACCACCAUCGACCGUAAUAUCCGAAAUCUUUAUCUUCAACUUAAAUCCGAUGCAAUCCCUCAAUCCCUCUUCAUCAGCAAAACCAUUGUCGACUUGAAGCUUGGUUUUAGUACAGUGUCACUCUCUGCUGUGGACAAUGUCUCUCUGCCUAGCCUCAAGAAGUUUCAUGUUUCUAAUCUUGUGUGUGAGAAUGAUGAUGCGCUUCCUCACUUUCUUUCUGGCUGUCCAUCGCUCGAGGAGUUGAAUUUGGCAUUCGCAAUUUGUUAUGAUUAUGUGGGCUGCAUAACUAUAUCAUCACCCACGAUAAAGACGCUUAAGCUUGAUCUUUACCGUCUGUGUUGUCCAGAUAGUAGGAUGAUAAUAAAUGCCCCGGCGCUUAGGUAUCUCCAAGUGUAUGGCUAUGACUUGGAGUGUAUAACAAUUCCUAUAACCAUGAUCUCCUUAGUUGAGGCAGAUAUCAGCUUAAAAUAUUUUAGGUUCCCAAAUCUCAAACCCAGUGACAAUUCACUAAAACAGGUGGCCAACUUUCUUCUUUCUCUGUCUUAUGUAAAGUGCCUAAAGAUAUCACGAGUGAAAUUUGGGGAG